UGCUGCUGUUACUUUUUUUUUUUUUUUAAGAUUUAUUUAUUUAUGAAUACAAGAACUGGGGUACAGGCCAGAGGUGUGGGGGCUGAGAGGAGUCACCAGACAGAGUGGGGCGCAGACCAGGCAGAUUGAGUGAAGUACACUGCUGAGGGGAGCAGCGGGCGAGUCAGGAGAGGUCUGCUGUGCCAUGUAGGUUGCUCCCUGGCCGGCCGGGGGAUUGAACUCGCCCUGCAGUGGCUGCGGACAGCUUCCCAGGUUGCGUCUUAACCCCUCGCGCCACCAGGGAGGCCCAAUGCGGUUACUAUUUUAGUGGAUGGUCUUCAGACUCUGCACUAGCUUCUCCCUCUCCCUCCUCUGCCAGCUGUGGUGGGAGAGACCUUUGGCAUUUCUAACGCCUGGCCUCUCUCUCCACCUACAAAGAACCCUUUGUCUCCCUGACCCCUUCCCACAAUCCCCCUGGACCAAGGAGCCGCUGCCUCAAUUUACAGGAUCCAGAGACUGGCCCACGGAGGGGUUUUGCCCAAGUCUGAACCCGCCAGAAUCAGAGCUACCUGAAGGAACGGGCUUGCCGGAGGAAUUUUCCAGGUGCUCCAGACCCAGGACUCGCGGCUCUUGUGGUCAGCCCAAGAGGCCUCAAUGGGACUUGAGGAGGCUCCGCCUCAGGCUGGGCCAGGCCUGGGCCUCCGCCUCCGCCUGGCCACCCUCCUGACCGGGCUGCUGGAAUGCCUUGGCUUUGCAGGCGUCCUUUUCGGCUGGGCGUCCCUGGUGUUUGUUUUCAAAACAGAGGGUUACUUUGAGGAGCUGUGUGAACCCAAUGCCCAGCUGAUGGCCAAUGCCACCGGGGAGAAUGGCUGCAAGGCCCAGGAUGAGAGAUUCUCACUCAUCUUCACCCUGGCGUCCUUUAUGAACAAUUUCAUGACGUUCCCCACUGGCUACAUCUUUGACCGUUUCAAGACCACGGUGGCCCGCCUCAUAGCCAUCUUUCUCUACACCACCGCCACGCUCACCGUCGCCUUCACCUCUGCAGACUCAGCAGUGCUGCUUUUCCUGGCCAUGCCCAUGCUCACUGUCGGGGGAAUUCUGUUUCUCAUCACCAACCUGCAGGUUGGGAACCUGUUUGGCAGACACCGCUCUACCAUCAUCACCCUCUACAAUGGUGCAUUCGACUCCUCCUCGGCUGUCUUCCUUAUCAUUAAGCUCCUUUAUGAACAAGGCAUCAGCAUCAGGGCCUCCUUCAUCUUCCUGUCUGUCUGCAGUAUCUGGCAUGUUGGGCGUACAUUCCUCCUGAUGCCCCGGGGGCACAUCCCCUUCCCUCUGCCCCCCAACUACAGCUAUGGCCUGUGUGCUAGAAAUGGAGCCACAGAGGAGCAGAGGGAAACUGCUGCUUCAUCCCCGAAGCUGGAGCUGCCCUCCCAGGAAUGCCUCUCACAGAAGACAGAGAGCCCAGAUCCUGAGCAGCCGCAGCCGCCGCCACAGCCCCGAUCUUUCUGGAGCUAUGCGUUCUCUCGGCGCUUUGCCUGGCACCUGGUGUGGCUGUCUGUGAUACAGCUGUGGCACUACCUCUUCAUCGGCACCCUCAACUCGCUGCUGACCAACCUGGCCCGAGGGAACAGGACGCUGGUCAGCACCUACACAAACGCCUUUGCCAUCACUCAGUUCUUCGGAGUGCUGUGCGCCCCCUGGAACGGCCUUCUCAUGGACCGCCUUAAGCAGAAGUACCAGAAGGAAAUGAAAAAGACGGGUUCCUCGGCCUCGGCUGUGGCCCUUUGCUCCACGGUGCCUUCGCUGGCCCUGACCUCCCUGCUGUGCCUGGGCUUCGCCCUCUGCGCCUCAGUGCCAGUGCUCCCACUGCAGUACACCACCUUCGUGCUGCAGGUCAUCAGCCGCUCCUUCCUCUACGGGGGCAACGCUGCCUUCCUCACCCUCGCAUUCCCUGCGGAGCACUUUGGGAAGCUCUUUGGGCUGGUGAUGGCCUUGUCUGCCAUUGUGUCUCUGUUCCAGUUCCCUAUAUUCACCCUCAUCAAAGGCCCUCUCCAGAAUGAUCCGUUCUACGUCAAUGUGGCGCUGGUGCUUGUGACUCUUCUCACCUUCGUCCACCCCUUCCUGGUGUACCGGGAAUGCCAGCGGAAAGAGAGUCCCGUGGAAUGAGCUUGUCACCCACCUCACUUUGCUGCCCCGAGGUGCUUUCACUGAUCUUUCCCCACCUUUGAGACCCCGGAUCCAGAACGACUUUGCUCACUCAGGCUACCUGUAUUAAGUAGCCAUUGUAUUUUUCUUUAUAUAUAUAUAUAUAUAUAUAUAUAUAUAUAUAUAUACACACACACACACACACACAUGCAUAUUUAUAAAGAAACUUAUGUUAUUUCCAGUUGAGAUUUUUGAUCAGCAAUGCAAGGGUCUGAGCUCAAGCCAUGGAGGCCGUGUAGAGCCGAGGCAAGGCCGCCUUCCUUGUAGAGCUUGGCCGACCUCUAGCCUGAGGGACGGGGCGUGAUGGGUGAGGAGGGUGGCUCCUAUUCCUUUAGGCUAUUUUGGGCCUGAAGCCAGUUAGUGCCUGGGCUCAAAAUUACCUGCACUGCCAAGUAAUUUCCAGGUGAAGAGAGUUCACCUUGAACUCUCUUCAGUACCACCUGGAAUGAAUCCCCUGUCCUGGAGAGUCUCGGUUCUGCCACUCGGCAGAACCCCAAGGGGCACAGCCUUGGUUAGAGAAGGGUGGUCGGCCUAGGAUGGUACAUGGAGCAGACUGGGUGGGAGUGGGGGGUCCCUAGCCCUGAGUCCCACCUCUGCCAUGUCCUGGAUGACCUUGAGCAGGCCCUUCCCUAUUCAGAGUAUCAGGUUUCCCAUCUGAAUAAGGAGAGGGCUUGGGAAUGAUGGUUCUUUCUGGACAGAAUGUUCCAGAAGGUUUUAAGACUAGUGAUAGGCCACCCAAAGGGCCUUGGGAACCAGCUCACCUGCCUGACCAAAGGAAUUCUGAUGACGUCUUUUGGGGCUGUUUUUCCCUUCAUGAAGAGGGAAGAUUUUGUACUUUGGGUAUUAUAGAAACAAUUUCUCUGCGGGAAUCAUUUUAUAGAAAAGAUCCCAGUGCGUGCCCAGGGAUGUCCAGCCUGGGAGCAAAGGCAGGGGCGCAGUCGGCUGGGGCUGAGGCUCCUGGUGUGGUGGCUCAUCCAGAGGGGGCAGAGUCCUCAGCCUGCUGUCCACCCCACUGGACCUGGAACGCCGUUGUGGCCUCGUCCCUUCCUUGGGGGCCUCCUCCCCAUUGCAACACUGCACCCCCAUCUGGAAGCUGGAAUGAAUCCCCUCUCCUGGGGAGUCUCAGUUCUGCCACUCAGCAGCAGGGCCAGUCCCACCCCACACGAAUUCACCAUUUCCCAACAAGUCACUCCUACUGCCUGACACGCCGUGGGGGCGUGAGCAUUUGUUCCCUUGUUGACUCGUGACCAGAAGGAGCGAGAGAGAUGGGAGAACCGGGGUGUAGUGGUGGGCAGGCAGGGGGGCCGGGAGGCUGGCAGGGACAAAGCCUCCAGGCCCCUGAUUUCCACACCCUCUCUUUGGCGUUCUCCCCCCACAUCUCUCUUGCGUAAUCUGGUAACAAGCUCACCCAGGCGUCAGUACCUAUAGGUGUGCGUGCCCGUGCUCACUGGCCUCUGCCACAGUGUCCGCGCGAGCCCCGUGUGCACGCCUCUCAGCCCCAGAUGUCUGCAAUCAUAGGUGUGUGUGCCCCAAGCUUGCUCCCGUGCACUUUUUGCACCAACAUGAUAUCACAAGUGGGCAAUGAAGCCUGGGAGGAAAGCAAGGCCGUGCAUGGUGGUCAUAAAGGCUAGUGGCAGGUUGUGUGUGUGUGUGUGU